AUGUGGGUUGCAAAACUUAAGAAAGGUAUGCAUGGCCUUAGUAAGAUCUAUCAGUUAGAUCUCUUUGCCGGAAACUGGGAAAAUAGAUGGCUGCAGUGUUCAGAGACGUGUGAGGACUCAGUUUCAGAGAACCAGUAUGAAUGUUAUAAAUGUGGGGAAGUCUUUCAUCAGAGGUCUAACCUUAUUACACAUGAGAGUAUCCACUUGGGAGAAAAUCCUGAUGAAUCCAGUCAGUGUGAGAAUGCUCCUCAGCAGUCCUCCAGUAUUGGUGAUGAUCAGAGAAUUCAUGAGGCCAAAAAUCCAUUCAGAUAUGCUAAACGUGGUCCCACAAUUAGUCAGUCAUCAAGACUAAGUAGAAACAAGAUGAUCUCUAGUGGAGAGAAAACACGCAUUUUUAAGGGAUGUGGUAAAGUCUUUGACUGGCACUCAACCCGAUCUCAGCAUCAGCAAAUGAAUACUGAAGUGAAAUCAUACAAAUGUGAAGAAUAUGGUAAAACCUUUAAGUACUGCUCAUCCCUAAGGAAACAUAGGCAAAUCCAUACUGGAAAGAAACUCUACAAAUGUAAAGAAUGUGGCAAAGUUUUUAAAAUUCACUCAACACUUACUCAACAUCACAGAAUUCAUACUGGUGAAAAACCUUACAAAUGUAAGGAAUGUGGUAGGUCCUUUAACCAGCAGGCAUACCUUACUCGACAUCACAGAAUUCAUACUGGAGAGAGACCUUACAAAUGUCAAGAAUGUGGCAAGGCCUUUCACCAGAGCUCAUCGCUUACUGUACAUCACAGAAAUCAUACUGGAGAAAGACCUUACAAAUGUAAGGAAUGUGGCAAGGCCUUUUCAUUGCACUCAAACCUUCUUAAGCAUCACAGAACUCAUACUGGAGAGAAACCUUACAAAUGCAAAGAAUGUGGCAAGGCCUUUAACCAGCGCUCACACAUUAGCAAACAUCACAAAAUUCGUACUGGAGAGAAACCUUGCAAGUGUAAAGAAUCUGGCAAGGUCUUUAACAGGCACUCAGGCCUUACUCAACAUCACAGAAUUCAUGCUGGAGAGAAACCUUACCAAUGUGAAGAAUGUGACAAUGCCUUUAACAGGCACUCAACCCUUAUUCAUCAUCACAGAAUUCAUACUGGACAGACAUCUUACAAAUGUCCAGAAUGUGGCAAGGCCUUUAAGAGGCAAUCAGCCCUUAUUCAACAUCAAAGAAUUCAUACUGGAGAGAAACCUUACCAAUGUCCAGAAUGUGGCAAGGCCUUUAACAGGUACUCAAACUUUAUUCAACAUAGCAGAAUUCAUACUGGAGAAAAAUGUACCAAUGUCCAGAAUGUGGAAAGUGUCAAAAAAUGCAAACCCCAGAAACCUAAUGAAUGUGCAAAGGCCUUCUUUUCAAUAUACGCUUAA